GCGGUGACUGUGUCUCAAGAGACUGUAAGGAAUGCCAAGGAGCAAAAGGCGCCGACCGUCCUGCCCUCUCAGGAUGCCGACUGUCACAAUGGUGGCGUGCAAUGCGGUAAAAAUGAGGAGUGCAUCCGCGGAAACAACAACGCCUAUCACGUGAGCCAGCUUUUCUCUUUUCCAGAGGAAAUUGUUCUUCCAAGCGGGGCAAGAAUCGAAUUACAACUGUUGCAGUGUGAAUGCACGCUUGGCUACGAGCGCAAUUUGCAAAGCGGAGAGUGCACUGCACCAGGAUCCUGCAACCCAUCUGCUCCAAACCCUUGCGAUAUCCGGAAACGAGAAAAGUGUCUCUUACACAGCACAGGACGUUACUACACAUGUCAGUGUGCUGCCCAUGAAAAACGCCAUCCGGUUACUGGCAUAUGCUUGCAAGAUGAAUGCACGUCGGGUGCACACGAUUGUGACAAAAAUGCUCGUUGCAUUGACACGGAUGAUGGAUUUUUGUGUGCCUGCCGAAAUGGUUUCCUGGAUCAAAGUCCGGAUCCCGUUAACAAACCGGGCCGAGUUUGUGUAGCUGAAAAGAACGAAUGCCUGGACGGGACACAUAAAUGCUCACCAAAUGCCAUUUGUACGGAUACCGUUCAAGGAUACAUUUGCCGCUGCAAACCAGGCUACGUCGAUUUCUCACCAAAUCCGCAUAGUUUUGGUGGCAUUGUUUGCAAGCAGGUCGUAAACGAAUGCCAGAAUCCCAGUUUGAACACGUGCCACAAGGAUGCGAUUUGUAUUGAUACUGCCGAUUCCUAUAAAUGCAUCUGUAAGACGGGUUAUACGGAUCUGGAUGAGCUGCGUAAUCCGGGUCGAAAUUGCCAGAAAGGUGAGCUGGGGUAUUACUUUCUUAAGAACUCGUUCGCAAAUUCAUGCAGUAUGAACUUUGCUUUUUAUUACUAUCUUAUCAAUGUAGCAUUACGUUCGAACAUUAGUCCAUGA